GCCGCCUCCGGCAUGGAUCAGUGCGUGACGGUGGAGCGCGAGCUGGAGAAGGUGCUGCACAAGUUCUCGGGCUACGGGCAGCUGUGCGAGCGCGGCCUGGAGGAGCUCAUCGACUACACGGGCGGCCUCAAGCACGAGAUCCUGCAGAGCCACGGCCAAGAUGCUGAAUUAUCAGGGACACUUUCACUUGUUUUGACGCAGUGCUGUAAAAGAAUAAAGGAUACUGUUCAGAAAUUGGCCUCGGACCACAAAGACAUCCACAGCAGUGUUUCUCGGGUUGGAAAAGCCAUUGAUAAGAAUUUCGAUUCUGACAUCAGCAGUGUUGGCAGAGAUGGCUGCUGGCAGGCAGACAGCCAAAGGCUUCUCAAGGAGGUGAUGGUGGAGCACGUCUUUCGACAAGGAAUGCUGGAUGUAGCCGAGGAGCUCUGCCAGGAAUCUGGUCUUUCUGUAGACCCAAGUCAGAAAGAACCAUUUGUGGAGUUAAAUCGAAUAUUAGAAGCAUUAAAAGUCAGAGUUCUGAGACCUGCUCUGGAGUGGGCAGUAUCAAACCGAGAAAUGCUUAUAGCCCAAAACAGCUCCCUGGAAUUUAAGCUUCACAGACUGUAUUUUAUUAGCUUAUUAAUGGGUGGAACUACAAAUCAGUGAGAGGCAUUACAAUAUGCUAAACAUUUCCAGCCAUUUGCCCUAAAUCAUCAAAAAGACAUUCAGGUUUUGAUGGGAAGCCUUGUGUACCUGAGACAAGGGAUUGAGAACUCACCGUAUGUUCACCUACUUGAUGCAAACCAGUGGGCUGACAUCUGUGACAUCUUUACACGAGAUGCCUGUGCCCUCCUGGGGCUCUCUGUGGAGUCUCCUCUCAGUGUCAGUUUCUCAGCAGGUUGCGUGGCGCUGCCAGCUCUAAUUAACAUCAAAGCUGUGAUUGAGCAGAGACAGUGCACUGGAGUUUGGAACCAGAAAGAUGAAUUGCCUAUUGAAGUGGACCUUGGUAAAAAGUGCUGGUAUCACUCCAUAUUUGCCUGUCCUAUUCUUCGUCAGCAAACCACAGAUAACAGCCCUCCCAUGAAAUUGGUCUGUGGUCAUAUUAUAUCAAGAGAUGCCCUGAAUAAAAUGUUCAAUGGUAGCAAAUUAAAAUGUCCAUAUUGUCCAAUGGAACAAAGUCCAGGAGAUGCCAAACAGAUAUUUUUCUGAAGAAGUAACUUUAGUUUGCAUUUGUAAGUGAAACUGAAUUGUGGUGCAUUUCAGAAGAGAAUGUUCCAUUUAAUGCAGCUAACCAAGGACUCCCGUGCUGAUAUCAGCUCAUGCUCCAGAAACUUCGCCAACGUGGUAGUGUGUCCACACUGAGGGGAGUGCUCCAGAUGAAUAUUAUCAUAGGGCUUUAUUAUAUUCUUGGUCUUCAUUUCUGAUCAAGUAACUACACCAGCAGUUGUCAUUCAAUGCAGGUUUUUGUACUUAAUUAUAUGGUGAUUUUUUUACUUUUUAAGAGCAGAAACAGAAAUUGACCUCCCUGCCAUGUGUUUAAUAUUUCUCCUGCUUUUACUUUUGUCAUUUUCUUGAUAAUUGUAAGCCUUGAGAGUGUUUGUGGACAAGUUUUAUUUCCUGUUAUGUAUACAUAAUUAAAUGAGAACUCUUCAGAAAACGUUCGGUAAACAGAAUUGUGGUUAUAAAACUAAUCUUGCAUUCUUUUGCUUAAGGAAGAAAGCUGUGAUAGAUUUCACAUUUGCUUCUUGAUGUUUCCCUCUGCUCCAGCUCUUGCUGAGGAGUCAGCACACCUGCAUUUGAGCUGUGCUUGUUAGCCCCUGUGGGCUCUGUGCUUAAAGUUCCAUCAUGAAUUUAGCAGGUUAGUGCACAAGGCCUUCUGCUAGCACAGAGUGGAAGGAGUAUUUUUUUUUUUCUUUUAUUGCCAAGGGGUGCUUGUUUUAAAAGUGUGUUCAAUAAAAUGAAAUUCUGAAGUUAGAAGUAUCCUUAAGUCGAUAUUUGCUCUCUCGGUCCUGGUAGCCCUAUUCUCUGAAAUCUGCCUUCAGGACUUGGCCAUCUUUUGCAUUCGUAUCAUUGCAGACACAGUGUUGUGUGUGUGUGUGUGUAUGUGCACCAGCAUCAAACAUUGUGUAUCUGGAAGGGAAGAAGCAUGUUCCAGUCCUAAAACACAGUUACCAGACCAAUCAAUUUAAAUCCUUAAAGUUAGGAGCUAGCUAAUUUUCUGUAGUGCAAAAUAUGUUUAUUGCUGUUUUUGUAUUUGAAUAGUAUACUGUUCAAUGCCUCUUUUCUGCAAAGCGUAUCAUCUCAUUGACUGUGAAUCUGUAUAUUAUGCUAAUGGAUACAGAUAAUGAUCUUUUCUCUUGUGAGGUAUCUUUAUUUAAUGCACUGUCCAGAAAUAGCCAUGUGUAAGAGUCUUUUUCUGUGUGAUGGACUACAUGAAAAAGACUUCUGUGGAUAUGAUUCUGACUUAAAUCUCAUGAAGUUACUUCAUUAUGAGAAGAAUGUUAUAUGGAAAUCACCAAAUACUUUGCAACUUUAUUUUAUCUGACAUGGAGCUGAACUUCACUAUAGGAAUACUUUCAUGAGAAAAUGAAAAAAGAAAACACAGAAGCAAAGAGAAACGUGACACUUCACAUUUUCAACUGCAGAUGGACUUACGUUUGGGGGGAGGGUAACAGAUUUGGUGCUAAGUUCAUUGGAAACCGGCAGCAUUCGCAGUAAGUAGUAUACCAGCCUGGGUGGUUUAUCCUGAAAUGUUUACCUGGGGGGCUGAGAUUGGUGAAGGGAGAGAAGACUGCAGGAAAGGCCUGCUUAAUUCUGUGGCCAGGCUCCGUUGAGGCUCCUGUGUGCUGCAUAGGUUCUCAGGGUCGGCCCAGCUCAGAACACUUGCUUUGCCCAACCUCAGUCUGGCCCACAGUGAUUUUACCCAAUGUUUCUUCUUCACCGUUGUUGGAACCCUCUAUAAAGUUCCCCCUCUCCAUUAGAGCAUUGAAGGAAGAGAGCAGAGACAAGCUCCUUGAAUUGCAAGAAGAGAAGGUAGAGAAUUCCAGACAGUACUCUGGUCAAGGGUGGAAACCGAUUUAUUAUUUAUAUAAUUUUCCUUUGAGUUAGCACCUAGAGUGUCGUUUUUCCUCCCUAGGGCAAAUUUAGCUUUAUUCACAACUUAUUUUCACGUUUCCACCCCAAACACACAGUAUGUAUACUUCACAUAAGGGUUGAAUGAGACUGAAAUUUUCCAGAGGCUGGUGAUAAAUACUUUUGGCGGCCAGAGUCUUCACAUAGUUGGCUCAGGCCUCUUUUUAAGGACAAAAGCCAGAGCUCCGCUUUGUCCCUCCGCUGGGGUUGGAAGUCCUGUUGGCGACUUUCAGUGCAGCUCGUAAAACUUGAAAACAACAUGCUUUAACUGAAACAUUUGACUGUACGACUUCCUGUGUUAGGUCCUCGUAGUCCCACUGGGCAGAGUGAGGGCCAAAACUGAAAUUCUAUUGAUCUGAAAUUUUGACAUGAACGUUUCGUCAUGUGACCUUCCUUAAAGUUCGUAGACUUAAAAUUCAUUAGAAACUAAAUGUGGAAGAGGUAGAUUGGGAGUGGCCAGACCUUAACCAAAGAUGCUGAAGUAUAACAUUCUGUCCUUCCUUUCGUAGAAACACCCUCCGAGGUGGUGUUAUGACCGUGUCAUCACUGAUGCUGUCUGUGUGUCAGCAGGGUGGGAGGGUGCUACUUGUAAAGGUAAAGAUAGGGGCAAGGUUUUUACAGUCAGACUAAUUAUAAGGUACAUUGAAACAGAAUUUCAGAAUGGUUUCUUAAAAUUCUUGGGGAACCGUUUCCAUUUAUCAGUCAUGGACAAAGGCCAUGGGACUAUGCUAAACCAAUAAAACCUUACUACCAAGUCUUUAGAUUCUGACUUAGCCAGGGCAUCUGUAUUUUCACAUACAGCCUGCAUGGUGGCUAAGGUUGUCUUUUGAUCUUUUUCCUCGUGUGUGAUCAUCACAGAUGCCAUUUCUGUUGUCUCAUUGGUGAUCAUAUGAGAUUUCUGAUACAUAAAUGAACGGGUAUUGGUGCCUCUUUGUUUUUAAAUUUUUGAAGAAAAGAGCCACCUCAUUUUCAUAGGGUGUGUAUUUUGUGAGUGUGUGAGCAUUUAAUUGAACAUAAGAAAGGUAUAAAGCAAAUCUUUUUGUUUCAGUUUUUUCAUAGCAGCUAAUAUAUACAGCGACACUAAACCCACGCCAAAUUUUGUGGGGAGUGAGGAUCCUUUGUUUUCUUCUUUUUUUUUUUCUUUUUCUUUCCAGGUAAUCCCACAGGUUAUGCAGUUUAAUUUCAGUAUUCUUUAUGCUGUGAGUUAUUUCCACCUCAGCAGUUUUAGCCUUUGGGUCAGUGGAUUUUGCAAAAAACCAAGACCUCUUGGUUAUCUGCACAAGAGAAGCUGCUGGUAGACUACAUUAGCCCUCUGGUUUUCCAGCUCAACCUCUGAUAAAGUGGACUGACAGCCUCGCUGGUCAGUCUGUUUAGUCAGCAGACUCAGGUUAUUUCAGGGAAGGCAUGGAGGCAUGGUUUGGUUAGUUUCAUCACUAGGAUGUAUAAGAUGAAGACAAACCAAAUACUUUUCAUUAUUUAAUUCUACAUGCAUUAUCUUUGGUAACACUAGAAUGCAGUGGUCUUGGGAGGAUGUUGCAACAAGGAACACAGAAAAAGCUUGGUGUUCCUAAGCCUGUCUGGCAGUGUCAGGUUUUACGUGGUACCAUAGUGUUUACCAGAAGUAGGUACAAACUUCAUGAACUCUUCUUACUGAACUAUAAUUGAAUAGAUACCAAAAAUAGAAUAGCAGAUGUAUUUUAAUAGCAGAUGAGGCCGUUAAUUUUAGGGCGAAUUUUC